AAAUGGGAACAAAUAUUUGGUAAACAGAAAAAUGUUGAAACUAAGUUAUGUUCUGUUUCUGGUGGGACUAGCUGUUUGCAGCCCACCAGUCACGAAGACCAGGGAGCAAAUAGAAUCAUUCAGGAAUUUCUUGGAACAGAGUCGCACAGAGCAUGGAGUGCGUCUAUCGGAACGCAUGUUGGCGAACCCUAAGGCAAGCGCGUGGGAGAACAGCGGCAAGUUCGAGGGAGAUAUCAUACUAGAUGACUGGCAGGUGGAGGCGCUAGUGCAGCAGUACUCAGGCGCGAGGAACGCUUACAUCUGGCCUGGCACUAAGUGGCCACAAGACACCAUUGUGUAUGAGUUCGGAGAAGGAGAAUUCAACGAUGAACAGAAAGAAGCAAUCAUGGUCUCUAUCAGAGACAUCGAACAAAAUACUUGUCUGAAAUUCCGUGAGCGACGUCCCGGAGAAUUCAACUACGUUAAACUUACGGGUCGUCCCGACGGCUGCUACGCUAACGUUGGCUACUGGCACGACCGUGGGUUACACAUCUUCAAUCUGGCCCGUAACAGUCCCGGUCAGGGCUGCUUCAGACAUACAACGAUCGUCCAUGAAUGGCUGCACAUCAUCGGCUUCUUCCAUAUGCAGUCUACUUACAACCGUGAUGACUACGUCCGUAUUAUGUGGGAUAAUAUUUGGCCAGGUAUGGAGCACAACUUCGAGCAUUACGACAGAAACAUCGUACACAACAUGGGCUUGCCUUACGAAUACACAAGUUGUAUGCACUAUGGACCGUACGGAUUUAGCACGAACGGAGAGCCGACUAUCGUACCAAUAAGGAGUUUCGAAGGUGUGAUGGGUCAGCAAGAAUACGUAACUGAAUACGACUGGCUUAGAACGAGAAGACACUACAAUUGUCCCAAUGGAUGGUCUAAAGACAAUCCUGAGUUAGAGGAGCAGAAAGUUAACUUCGUCGAAGAAGGUCAAGAGGUCCCAUAUGAUGAAUAAAUGGAUGACUAAAGGAUUUUAGUAAUAAACGAUUUUUCUUAAA